UAGAAAUAGCUCAGUUAAAAAGAAGAAGUGCGAGGGGGAAGAUGUUGAGACAAUUCUGGACUACUUCAUAUUUUCUGAUGGUGAUUUAUCAUAAGUUACCGUGGGUUCAGACCGACAGUCAAUUGUUCAGGGACGACCUUACACUGGAGAUCGACCCGCUUCAAAGUUGUUUUCUCGUCCUGGAAAAGUUUCCCGAACCCCAACAUGACAACUGCAUCCCUGAAAAGGAUUGUUCCGAGCCUUGCCAUGACUUCUUGUCAACGCCAGACACUUUCAACCAAACCGAAUGUCUGGAAUCGCCAUUCGAAGAAAGAUGCGAGUUCGUUGCCGAUGUAAAAUGCCUUGAAACUUGCAUGACCGAGGAAUGCCAGGUGAGCUCUGUUGAAGAGUGCCAAGAUAUACCCUGUUCCCAAGAGAGCCUCGAAAAAUGUGAAGAGAAAAUCAUUGAGGAGUGCAUCACUGUUCCAAUAAAAGACUGUCGUGGAGACCUUCUGGAAGAAAUGGGUGUCAUUAAAUGCAGCGUUUCUGAACAAGAAGUUUGUGAUUGUCCCAAACUAAAAGAGAAAUGCGAGACUGUGAUCAAGAAUACAUGCCGAGAUCCACAGCCGACGAAAGAGGAAUCAAUCCCUUUUGAGUGUACAGAUCCAUUGUGCGCUCUCUGUGGGAAUUCCCAGAGUUGCGUUCGAAUAAACGAGACAAAAAUUGAGGUUGCGUUGACUCGGAAAUGUGAAAUUGUUCCGUUUGAAAAUUGCGAUUGUCCGGAGAUUUGUCAAGUUGUACCCAAAAAUAUUUGCAAGAACUUCCCGGUGAAAAAGAAGAAGCAGGUGUGUAAUAAGAAGAAGGUUCGAGAAUGUCGGAAAAUGAAGGAGAGGAUUUGUGACGAUUUCGUACCUAUUCGGGGGCCAGGAAACCCCUUUCCCAUCCAACCAGAAUACUUUAAGGAACAUUCACCUCAAUGUGAAGAUGUCUACAAAGAGAUUUGUCAUCCAGCUCUUAAAAUAAUUUGCAAGGACGUGAUUUUUGAAGUUCUAGAGAAAGUGUGUACCUUCAAGAACAAGACAUUGUGUCACACGGAGCCGUGCCAAUGUCAUCAAACCUCUCGUGAAGUGUGCAAAGAUGUUCCGGUUCAAGUGGCCAAGGUGUAUGAAAUCCAGAAAUGCGAUCCCAACCCUUGCACUCAGCCACCCGUUUCGCCCAAACCCCACUGUGUUCAAAAACCCGUGACUAAGUGCAUGACUAUCCACGAUCCAACGGUGGAAUGUGCAACGAAAGCGGAUUGCCAACGGAUCCCCGUGGAAUCUUGCCGGAUGAAACAACCCGGUUGCUUGGAGACCAAGUGUCGUCGGUAUCCCCAAUUACAUUGUCAGUUUCUCCCACAUCAAGUGUGUCCAGAACAGCCUCAGAAGUGCAUAUCCAGACCGGUUCGGGAGUGCCGUAAAGUGCCUUGUAAAUGUUCCCAGGUGUUUCGACGGGAAUGUCAAAGAGUGUUGAAAGACCAUUGUCGGCACCCUGGACGGGUCAAAGCCUGUUCGACACCCUGUUCUAUUAGAUAUGUCUGCCCUAUGUGCAAAUCCAACACUAAUCUGCAUUCUACUGACGAAAUAUAAGAGCUCCACUUUUUGAUA